GGGGCGCUCUUCCCCUUGGCCGACCGUCUCAUCCAGCGCAACUUUGGGACAGCGGCCUUUUGGUGUUGAAUGUUCCCGUCCGAGAGCGCAUGGCUGGGGAAGCGAGGUGCUGGCCGGGUCCCCGAGGGGCCGCCGUCCGGGAGGCGGUGUUGCUGCCGCUGCUGCUGCUGUGCCUGGGCGUCCCGACCGGGCGCCCCUACAACGUGGACACCGAGAGCGCGCUGCUCUACCAGGGCCCCCCCAACACCCUUUUCGGUUAUUCGGUGGUGCUGCACAGCCACGGGGCGAACCGAUGGCUCGUAGUGGGGGCGCCCACCGCCAGCUGGCUCGCCAACGCUUCAGUGGUCAAUCCUGGCGCGAUUUACAGAUGCAAGAUCGGAGAGAAUCCAGACCUGACGUGCGAACAGCUCCAGCUGGGUAGCCCUACUGGAGAACCUUGUGGAAAGACUUGUCUGGAAGAAAGAGACAAUCAGUGGUUGGGGGUCACACUUUCCAGACAGCCAGGAGAAAAUGGCUCCAUUGUGGCUUGUGGGCAUAGAUGGAAAAACAUAUUUUAUAUAAAGAAUGAAAAUAAGCUCCCUACGGGUGUUUGCUAUGGAAUGCCCCCUGAUUUACGAACAGAACUGAGCAAAAGAAUAGCUCCAUGUUAUCAAGAUUAUGUGAGAAAAUUUGGAGAAAAUUUUGCAUCCUGUCAAGCUGGAAUAUCUAGUUUUUACACUGAGGAUUUAAUUGUGAUGGGAGCCCCAGGAUCAUCUUAUUGGACUGGCUCUCUUUUUGUCUACAAUAUAACUACAAAUAAGUACAAGGCUUUUUUAGACAAAGAUAAUGAAGUAAAAUUUGGAAGUUAUUUAGGCUACUCAGUUGGAGCUGGUCAUUUUCGGAGUCCGCAUACUACCGAAGUAGUUGGAGGAGCCCCUCAACAUGAACAGAUUGGUAAAGCAUACAUAUUCAGCAUCGAGGCCAGAGAACUAAACAUCUUACAUGAAAUGAAAGGUAAAAAGCUUGGUUCCUAUUUUGGAGCUUCUGUCUGUGCCGUGGACCUCAACGCAGACGGCUUCUCAGACCUCCUCGUGGGAGCUCCCAUGCAGAGCAUCAUCAGGGAGGAAGGCAGAGUGUUUGUGUAUAUCAACUCUGGCUCAGGAGCAGUAAUGAACGAAAUGGAAACAGAGCUCCUUGGAAGUGACAAAUAUGCUGCAAGAUUUGGGGAAUCUAUUGUUAAUCUUGGAGACCUUGAUAAUGAUGGCUUUGAAGAUGUUGCAAUUGGAGCUCCACAGGAAGAUGGCUUGAGAGGUGCUAUUUAUAUUUACAACGGCCGAGCAGAUGGGGUCUCACCAACGUUCUCACAGAGAAUUGAAGGACUUCAAAUCAGCCAAUCAUUAAGUAUGUUUGGACAGUCUAUAUCUGGACAAAUUGAUGCAGAUAAUAAUGGAUAUGUAGAUGUGGCAGUUGGUGCUUUUCGGUCUGAUUCUGCUGUGUUGCUGAGGACAAGACCCGUAGUGAUUGUUGAAGCUUCUUUAAAACAUCCUGAGUCAGUAAAUAGAACAAAUUUUGACUGUGUUGAAAAUGGAUUGCCUUCUGUGUGCAUGGAUCUAACACUCUGUUUCUCAUACAAGGGCAAAGAGGUUCCAGGUUAUAUUGUUUUGUUCUAUAACAUGAGUCUGGAUGUGAACCGGAAGAUAGAAUCUCCAUCAAGAUUUUACUUUUCUUCUAAUGGAACAUCUGAUGUGAUUACAAGCAGCAUAAAAGUGUCAAGCAAAGUAGCUAACUGCAGAACACAUCAAGCAUUUAUGCGGAAAGAUGUGCGGGACAUCCUCACCCCAAUUCAGAUUGAAGCUGCUUACCACCUUGGGCAUCACGUCAUCAGUAAACGAAGUACAGAGGAAUUCCCCCCACUUCAACCAAUUCUUCAGCAAAAGAAAGAAAAAGACAGAAUUGAAAAAACGAUAAAUUUUGCAAGAUUUUGUGCCCACCAAAAUUGCUCUGCUGACUUACAGGUUUCUGGGAGAAUUGGAUUUUUUAAGCCACAUGAAAAUAAGACCUAUCUUGCUGUUGGAAGUAUGAAGACCUUGAUGUUGAACGUGUCCUUGUUUAAUGCUGGAGAUGAUGCGUACGAAACGACUCUGCACAUCAGACUCCCCUCUGGUCUUUACUUCGUUAAGAUUUUAGAUCUGGAAGAGAAACAAAUAAACUGUGAAGUAACAGACAGUGCUGGCUUAGUAAAACUCGACUGCAGUGUUGGAUAUAUAUAUGUAGAUCACCUAUCAAGGAUAGAUAUUAGCUUUCUCCUGGAUGGGAGCUCACUCAGCAGAGCAGAAGAGGAUCUCAACAUCACAGUGCAUGCCACCUGUGCAAAUGAAGGAGAAAUGGACAAUCUGAAGCGUAACAAAGUGACUUUAGCAAUACCUCUCAAGUAUGAAGUCAUGCUAUCUGUUCAUGGGUUUGUAAACCCAACUUCAUUUGUGUAUGGACCAAAGGAAGAAAAUGAGCCUGAAACAUGCAUGUCAGAGAAAAUGAACUUCACUUUUCAUGUUAUCAACACUGGCCAUAGCAUGGCUCCAAAUGUUAGUGUGGAAAUAAUGGUACCAAAUUCUUUUGCCCCCCAAACUGAUCAGCUGUUCAACCUUUUGGAUGUCCAGACUACUGCUGGAGAUUGCCAUUUUAAAAGUUAUCAAAGAAAGUGUGCAUUAGAGCAGGAUAAAGGUCCCCUGGAGACCCUGAAAGACAUCUUCAGAUUCUUGUCAAAGACUGAUAAGAAGCUAUUGUUCUGCAUAAAAGCUGAUCCAUACUGUUUAAGUCUUUUAUGUAAUUUUGGGAAUAUGGAAAGUGGAAAAGAAGCCAGUGUUCACAUGCAGUUGGAAGGCCGCCCAUCUCUUUCAGAAAUGGAUGAGACUUCAGCGCUCACAUUUGAGAUAAGAGCAACGGCUUUUCCAGAGCCUAAUCCAAAAGUUAUUGAACUAAACAAGGAUGAAAAUGUUGCACAUGUUUUCCUUGAAGGACUACAUCAUCAAAGACCCAAACGUCAUUUCACAAUAGCAAUUAUUUCAAGUAGCUUGCUACUUGGCCUUAUUUUACUUUUAUUGAUUUCGUAUGUUAUGUGGAAGGUUGGUUUCUUUAAAAGACAGUACAAAUCUAUCCUACAAGAAGAAAACAGAAGAGACAGUUGGAGUUACGUUAACAGCAAAAGCAAUGAUGAUUGAAGACAUCUUUCAAAUUGAGAGGACAACGGACUCAGGUUAACCAAAGAAACUUAAGAUGUUGUUUACAACACUGACUUCUUCUAUGUACUUCUUUUACUCAUGACCUUGUGACAUAUUGGGUCUCCAUGCAAAUGAAAAAUCUAUGCAAUGAUUACUCUUCGAGAGGAAAAUAACUGCAAAGGGAAUAUUUAAUAUAUCCAAAGAGAAUCUUU